CGUAAAUGGAAUUUGAAAAGUUGGCUACCCUGCAACGCUGUCUGUGUUUGACUUUGACAUUACAUUUUUUACAUUCCUUAUGGAAGAGUCAUCAGUCGAGACGUAAUAUUUUUAAUAUUUUAGGAGUACCUGCAUAAUUAAGAAUUUUACGAAAAAUCAUGCAGAAUUAUUCGACUCCAAAUUAUCUCCACGAAAUCGGAAAUCAGCCUGCCAUGUCGUCUGGAUCCAAUAAUAAAUUCGUUUAUUUUAAGCAAAAUUUCGUUUCGAAUGUACAGAGUGCUUCAUCUAAAGUUUUGGUAAAUCCACAUUUCAACAAAAAAGUGUUCCUUAAUCCUAAUUAUAUCCCAAGCAAUCCGCCUACCUUUUCAGGAAACAUUCAUGUCAAUCCAAAUAUAGCCUUUAGCUUACCUCGAGAAAAUAGUAAAAUACAUAUUAAUCCUAAAAUAUUGCAAAAAGUUCCAAGUUCACAAGAUUACAAAAAUGUACCUCUAAAAACUAAUGCAGAAGAACCAAAACAAAAUAUUAUAAUGUACUCUUCCAAAACAAAAUUAAUUAGAAAACCUGUAAAAGAACAAACUGUACAAGAAUCAAAACGAAUAAGAAGAACUUCAAUUUACACAAAAUUUAAAGCAGUUAAGUCGUGUACAUUAAAUAAGAGCCCUGAAAGUAAUACAAAAAAUAGAUUGGUCUUCAACAGCAAGUACAAACUCAGGAGAGAAACUUCAAAUAAAUUAGUAAAAAGUUCCAGCCCAGUGAAAUUAAGGACUAGAUUUAAGUUAGAUAAUAGAAGUAAAACUCUUUUAAGCAUUACACACAAAAAUGCCAAAUAUGUGUUCAUUAAUAGAUUUUUAAGUAUAACUGAUAUUGCCAAGACUGUACCUCUAAGGACCAAUAGAAGUUUAUUGAAUAUUUCUGGAAUUAUGUACAAAAACACACCAAAUAGGCUACAGAAAGUGAUUAAAAUAGAAAAAAGAAAGUUACUUUUAUCUAAUCAUAAGAACCCUUCGAGUAAAACCAGAUUCAAGAUUGUUAGAGUGUCUGAAGCCAAAUCUUCUAGAAUAUAUAAAAAAAAUUCAAGGUUCUCUACAAAAAAAGUAAAAGUGUCUCAAGAAAAAUUGAAGAAAUGCAAUAUUCCAUGUCCUUACUACAGAAAAUUUGGAAAAUGCAAGGGAAAAGAUUUAGGAAAAUGUCCCCGAAAACAUGAUCCUGAUCAAAUUGCUCUCUGUACAAAAUUCCUUCAAGGUGCCUGUAUUGAUACAAAAUGUUCUUUGUCACAUAAUGUAUCUGCUGAAAAAAUGCCUACCUGUAAGUUUUAUUUGGAAGGAGCUUGUUCUAAAGAUAGCUGUCCAUACCUGCAUGUUAGAAUAAGUCCUAAAGCUGAUAUUUGCAAGGACUUCUUAGAAGGAUUCUGCAAGAAAGCAUCUGAGUGUGACAAGCGUCACCAGUUUUUGUGUCCAGAUUUUGAGAAAAAAGGUGCCUGUCUAAAAACAAGAUGUCCCUAUCCUCAUGGAAGGAUGGUAAGAAAAUAUUCAGAUUACAAUAAACACAAAUUUGCCAAGAAAUCUUCCAAAAGUAUCAAAGAUAAUAUCACUAAUAAAAUAGAUAAUAAUUUGGUUGGUUGUAAUAAAAUUGAAGAAAAAAUUGAACCUGAAGUAAAUCCUGCAAUUCGUUAUUAUAGUGAUAAAAAGAUAGAUGCACAAAAUUCUAUUAAAAGCGAAUCUAAUGAUGAAGUAGAUUCCAAUCAGAAAAUAAAUCUUCGAAUUCGACCAAAAUUAGGAGACCUACCCUCUUUUAUUUUAUUGGAAGAUCAAUGAAAAUUUCUUGGCAAUGGUUUUAAUAAGAUAUUUUUAAUUAAAAAAGUUGUAUGUUUUGACAAAUAAAUAAAUACUUUUCAAUAA